AUGAGGAUCAUGCUGUUCCUGGGCCACUGGUGCUUCCCGGGACCAGGGUGGCAGCCACGCUACCCCCCGCACGCCAUGUCCUAUCCGGUUCAGAUUGCUCGACCACAUGCGGACGUCGCGCUGUUGGAGUACCAGCAUCAUUCCAGGGAUUUUGCUUCCCACCUGCCACCGGGGUCUAUCAUGCAGCCGCAGCGGCGGAGGCCGUCCCUGCUCUCCGAGUUCCAGCCAGGCAAUGAAAGAUCUCAGGAGUUGCACCUGAGGACCGAGGCACAUUCCUAUCUCUCUGACCUGACUAAGCCUUCGGACUUGGAGUUCAUUGAAACCAAGAGACCGCGCCUAGAUCUGCUGCAGGACCCCCUGAUGCGGCACUCUCCUCUCCUGAACCAGAGCCAGCAGGGAGGGACAGAGGAUCCCUCAAAGGAUCGUGGCCUGCCUGGCAAACUGGAGCCCGUGUCGCCUGUGAGCCCUGCUCACCCCGAUGCCGAGCUGGACCUGCUGCCAGCCCGGCUGUCGAAGGAGGAGCUCAUUCAGAACAUGGACCGUGUGGACCGCGAGAUCACCAUGGUGGAGCAGCAGAUCUCCAAGCUGAAGAAGAAGCAGCAACAGUUGGAGGAAGAAGCAGCCAAACCACCAGAGCCUGAAAAACCCAUCUCCCCCCCUCCUAUCGAGUCCAAACAUCGCAGCUUGGUGCAGAUCAUCUACGACGAGAACAGGAAGAAGGCAGAGGCUGCCCACCGGAUCCUGGAAGGACUGGGUCCCCAGGUGGAGCUGCCAUUAUACAACCAGCCUUCAGACACCAGGCAAUACCAUGAAAACAUUAAAAUAAACCAGGCAAUGCGGAAAAAGUUAAUUUUGUACUUUAAGAGGAGAAAUCAUGCUCGCAAACAGUGGGAACAGAAGUUUUGCCAGCGCUAUGACCAGCUGAUGGAAGCCUGGGAAAAAAAAGUGGAGCGCAUCGAAAAUAACCCCCGGCGCCGUGCCAAAGAGAGCAAAGUGCGGGAAUACUAUGAGAAGCAAUUCCCAGAGAUCCGGAAGCAGCGGGAACUGCAAGAGCGCAUGCAGAGGUUAGAGGAGAAGCGGGUAGGACAGAGGGGCAGCGGCGGGCUCUCCAUGUCGGCUGCACGCAGCGAGCACGAGGUGUCAGAAAUCAUCGACGGGCUCUCAGAACAAGAGAACCUGGAGAAGCAGAUGCGCCAGCUCGCUGUCAUCCCGCCCAUGCUCUACGAUGCUGACCAGCAGCGCAUUAAAUUCAUCAACAUGAACGGCCUCAUGGAUGACCCCAUGAAGGUCUACAAGGACCGGCAGGUGAUGAACAUGUGGAGUGAGCAAGAGAAGGAGACCUUCCGGGAAAAGUUCAUGCAGCAUCCAAAGAACUUCGGCCUGAUCGCAUCUUUUCUGGACAGGAAGACGGUGGCAGACUGUGUCCUGUAUUACUACCUGACCAAGAAGAAUGAGAAUUACAAGAACCUUGUAAGAAGGAAUUACCGGCGGCGUGGGAAGAGCCAGCAGCAGCAGCAAAUGCCCCGGAGCAGUCAAGAAGAGAAAGAUGAAAAAGAGAAAGAAAAGGACAAGGAGGGAGAGAAGGAGGAAGACAAGCAGGAAACAGAAAAUGACAAGGAAGAACUGACAAAGGACAAGAACGACGACACAUCUGGGGAAGACAACGAUGAGAAAGAAACCGUCACCUCCAAAGGUCGCAAGACCGCCAACAGCCAGGGCAGACGCAAAGGCCGCAUCACCCGCUCCAUGGCGAACGAAGCCAACAACGAGGAGGCGGCCGCCCCGCAGCAGAGCGCGGAGCUGGCUUCUCUGGAGAUGAAUGAAAGCUCUCGCUGGACCGAAGAGGAGAUGGAGACGGCUAAAAAAGGUCUCCUUGAGCAUGGGCGGAACUGGUCAGCCAUUGCCAGGAUGGUGGGCUCUAAGACCGUGUCGCAGUGCAAAAACUUCUACUUCAACUACAAGAAGAGGCAGAACCUGGAUGAGAUCCUACAGCAGCACAAACUGAAAAUGGAGAAAGAAAGGAAUGCCAAGAGGAAGAAGAAAAAAGGCACCGCCGUUCAAAGCGAAGAAGCUGCCUUCCCUCCCACAGCCGAGGACGAGGAGAUGGAGGUGUCGGGGACGAGCGGGAAUGAGGAGGAGAUGGCCGAGGAGGCAGAAGCUGCAGUAAAUAACAGCUCCGACACGGAGAGCAUUCCCUCGCCGAGGCCUGAAGCCAAAGAAGGAGGCGAAAACGGGGCCAAGGCACCACCCGGGCCAGGAGGUGACUCCAGCGCAGAACCGGCAGUCAAGUUGGAAGAGGCUCCAACCCCCCCUGACGCUCCCCCCGCUCCCCCCGCCAACCCCGCUCCUGCCACCAGCCCUCCACCGGAGGCAGCUCCCGAGCCGCCCAGCAGCGAGGAGAAGGUGCAGGAGGACCUGGUGGUGGACGUGGUGAAAACGGAGGAGCCAGAGAAGGUGAGCGAAGAACCCUGCAAGAACGAGGUGAAGAAGGAGGAGAGUGAAGACAGCCAGGAGAAGGACAAGGGGAAUGACAAGAAAGCGGAAAGUGGCGUCAGUGGUGGAGGGACAGCAGGGACGGAGGGGACACCCAAGGCUGAGAAGAAGGAGAGCCAUAAAGGCAGUAAAGGCCCUGGGGUGAACCCUGACAGCGACUCCAGUGCUACCUGCAGCGCAGAUGAGAUGGAUGAGCAGGAUGCUGUGGACAAGAGCAGGUUGCUGUCCCCCCGGCCCAGCCUGCUCAACACUGCCAGUGAUGCCAGGCUGAACUCCUCGCCACAAAAGCCGCUGGACCUGAAGCAGCUGAAGCAGCGUGCUGCUGCCAUCCCUCCCAUCAUUUCUGAAGGUUUUUCAGAGGGGAUAUUGCAGAGUGGAAGCGUGAAGCCUCAGGUGCCUCCCCAUGCCUUGGCCCUCUACCAGCAGCAGAUCACGAAAGCCCACGAGUCUGCCCGCGAGGACGUGCCCCCAAGCAAGCUAUCGCAGUCCCAGCAGCAGCAGGCUGAGAAGGAGCAGCAACAGCCAAGCAGCAGUCCCAGGGGAAAGAGCAGGAGCCCUGCUGUCGGUGACAAGGAAGAAAAGUCCGUGCAUUUCUCGUCCAUCGCAGAGGCUCAGAAGCUGAGCAUGGAGCCGACAGCCACCUCAUGCUGGCCCCCUGUCCUGUCCUACUCCCGGGAUGUGAUAAAAACCUCUCCUCAGGCGGAGCCCCACUUAUUUCAGUAUAACCCACCAGGACACCCCAUCCCGCUAAACCUGCAUGAGAGCUCUCGCUCAGGGCUGCAGAGACUCACGAGCAUCUCCAACCCUCCUCCUCUCAUCUCCUCCACUAAGCACCCCUCUGUGCUGGAGAGACCCGUUGGAUCCAUUUCCCAGGGCAUGCCCAUCCAGCUCCACACGCCCUACAGCUCUGAGCACGCCAAGGUCCCCGUCGGCUCCAUCACCAUGGGCCUGCCACUCACCAUGGAUCCCAAGAAACUGGUGCCUUUUCCUGGAGUAAAGCAGGAACAACUUUCUCCUAGAAGCCAGGCCAGCCAGCCGGAAAGUCUGGUUCUGCAGCCGUCCCAGGAGGGCUCCAUCCUGCGGGGUACUUCCCUCAGCUCUGCCUCGGGAGGGAGCAUCACCAAGGGAACGCCCACAUCCAGACCCCCUCCGGAGUCGCCCAUCACCUACCGAGGAUCCAUCACACACGGCACCCCGGCAGAAGUGCUGUACAAAGGAACCAUUACCAGGAUAAUCGGAGAAGACAGCCCCAGCAGAGCAGAGAAGGCGAGAGAGGAUGCCAUGCCCAAAGGACAUGUCAUCUACGAAGGGAAGAAAGGCCACGUGCUCUCCUAUGAGGGUGGAGUUGCGGCUUCUCAGUGUCCCAAAGAAGACAGCAGGAGCUCAGGAGCUUCGCAUGAGACCACAGGAACCAAGCGGACCUACGAUAUGAUGGAGGGAAGGAUCAGCCGGGGUUUAUCAGCCCGUGAUACCUUAUCUGCCAGCAUUGAAGGUCUCAUGGGUCGAGCGAUCCCUCCAGACCGACACAGUCCUCAUAACCUAAAGGAGCAGCAUCACAUGCGGGGCUCAAUUACACAAGGAAUACCUCGGUCCUACGUGGAGGCCCAUGAGGACUACCUCAGAAGAGAAGCCAAACAGCUCAAGAGGGAAAACACUCCACCAAGGGACUUAUCUGAUGCCUACAAGGUCAGGUCUCACGAGGGCCUUACUCCUCUGAAAAUGAAACCAGCCCAUGAAGGCCUGGUGGCCACGGUGAAAGAAGCGGGAAGAUCAAUCCAUGAGAUUCCCCGGGAGGAGCUGAGGCGGACACCAGACAUCUCUCUGACGAGACCUCUGAAGGAAGGCUCCAUCACGCAGGGUACCCCACUGAAGUACGACAGUGGCUCUUCCUCCUCGAGUACCAAAAAGCAUGACGUGCGGUCCAUCAUCGGCAGUCCCAGCAGGACUUUUCACUCGGUGCACUCACUGGAUGUCAUCCAAGACCCAAGGAAUCUGGAGAGAGCUUAUGAAGAGAGCCUGAAAAACAGGCCAAGCCCGGUGACAAACUCAGGAGGCUCCAUCGCCAGAGGGGCUCCUGUGAUUGUACCUGAGCCGGGCAAGCCUCACCAAAGUGCCCUCGCCUAUGAGGACCACCAGGCAGGGCACAGCACGGCGUUCGGCAGCCACUUGCACAGAGGGUCUCCGGUCUCCACACGGGAGUCCACGCCGCGGCAGCACGAAGGGAGCAUCACUGCUGGGAAGCCAGUGUCCCAGGACAGAAAGAUCACCCCCACGUCAAGAGAGCUCACCAACUCCAAGUCUCCGCAUGCCCCUGUGGCCGACCACCACCACCCUAUCUCCCCGUAUGAGCACCUGCUCCGUGGCGUGAGUGGGGUCGACCUGUACCGAGGACACAUCCCACUGGCUUUCGACCCCGCCGCCAUCCCAAGGGGAAUCCAACUGGAAGCAGCUGCUGCUUACUACCUGCCAAGGCAUCUGGCUCCGAGCCCCACGUACCCCCACCUCUACCCCCCGUACCUCAUCCGGGGCUACCCGGACACAGCUGCCAUGGAGAACCGACAGACCAUCAUCAAUGACUACAUCACGUCCCAGCAGAUGCACCACAACGCCGCAGCCACGGCCAUGGCACAGCGGGCAGACAUGCUGCGUGGCUUGUCGCCCCGGGAGCCCUCCCUCGCCCUCAACUAUGCAGCAGGCAUCAUUGACCUGUCCCAAGUGCCACACCUGCCCGUCCUCGUGCCCCCCACCCCCGGCACCUCCGCCACCACCAUGGACCGCAUCACCUACAUCCCCGGGCCCCCACAGACCUUUGGCAGCCGGCACAGCAGCUCCCCACUCUCCCCAGGAGGCCCCACACACAUGACCAAACAGUCAGGAUCGUCGGUGUCUGAGCGGGAACGGGAGCGGGAGAGGGAGCGUGAAAAGUCCAUCCUAGCAUCCACCACGGUGGAGCAUGCACCCAUCUGGAGACCAGGUACAGAGCAGUCCAGCAGCCGUUCGUCCUCGCACUCUCACAGCCACCAGCACUCUCCCGUCUCACCCCGCACCCACGAGACCAUCCAGCAGCGCCCCAGCGUGCUCCACAACACGAGCAUGAAGAUCAUCUCCUCGGAGACCCCCACCCCUUCCGUCCUGCGAUCCUCCUCCACCACUACCACAUCACCAAUCCGCUCCGCUGCCUUCCCCUCAGCCUCCGCCCUGCGCUCCUCCAUCGGUGCGGCAGACGGCUACGCAGCCCUGAUGGACCCAGCUGUCCUGCAGAAAGAGGCCUCGAGGGUGCGGGAAGCCAAGGCAGAACGACCCCAGACUGACAACAACGUCUUCACCUCAAAGCUGCCCAGUGGGGCCAACCUUGAACAGUCACCUUCACCCAUUAAAGGCAUGGAGUCGAGACCUUUACCUGCCUCUGGACCUGGUUCUUCUCAUCACUAUAGCAGGGGACAGGGGAAAAGCCAGCAGCACCAUCACCCUCUGGACCAGCAGCAUGCAGCCUUGGGCCCCGAGCAGCACAGUAGAGAAAAGAGUCAAAGUAAACCCUUUUCAAUGCAGGAACAGGAGCUCCGAGCACUCGGCUUUCACGGAGGCUACAGCCCUGAGCGGAUGGAAGCAGUGAGUCCUGUGAGCUCGCCCAGCCUGUCACAUGAGAAAGGGGCCAAGCUGCUGCAGGAUGCGGAGAAAGGGCACGGGGAGCAUGACCUGAGGCAGAAACAGCAAGGCUCGCUGAAGGCCUCGGCUCCUGAAGCAGCCCACCUGCAGCACCUCCGGCAGCCCGAUGGCCCCCAGCCCCAGUGCCAGCCCCUGCAGUCCAGCCAGAGCAUCAAGGGCAUGAACCAGCGGGUGGUCACGCUGGCCCAGCACAUCAGUGAGGUCAUCACGCAGGACUACACACGCCAUCACCCGCAGCAGCUCAACUCCCACAUCCAGACCCCGGUGUACUCCUUCCCUGGGGCCGCAUGCCCCGUGCUGGACCUGCGCCGCACCCCCAGUGAGGCAUAUCUGCAGCAGCAGGAGCACGCGGCAGCCUCCAGGAUCUCCCCGCAGAAUGAAGGCGGCAAAAGGUCCCCAGAGCAGAGCAAAGCCUCGGCCGGGAGCGGGUCAGACAACUGUAUCGAGCCAGUGUCUCCACCAGACGGCGUGGGAGAAUCGGAGCACGCCAAGAGCGCCACGUACCCGAUCCUGUACCGCGAGGGCGAGCAGAUAGACCAGAGGAUGGGGUCCAAGUCCCCAGGAAACAACACUCAGCCUCCAGCUUUCUUCAGCAAGCUGACUGAGAGCAACUCUGCCAUGGUGAAGUCCAAGAAACAGGAGAUCAUCAAGAAGCUCAGCACGACCAACAAAAAUGAAACGGAGUACAAUGUUGGGCAGCCUGGAACAGAGAUUUUCAAUAUGCCGGCGAUUACUGGAGCAGGGCUAAUCAGUUGUAGGAGCCAGUCGGUCCAAGAGAAUUCCAGUACCAACAUGGGGUUGGAGGCAAUAAUUAGGAAAGCCCUAAUGGGUAAAUAUGACGAGCAGUGGGAAGAGCGCUCACCUCUCAGUGCCAAUGCUUUUAACUCUCUGAAUGCCAGUGCAAGCCUGCCCGCUGCUAUGCCCAUAACUCCUGCUGAUGGACGAAACGAGGACGUGCGCUCCUUGCCAGCCCUGCCACAGGGACCCCCCGGCAGCCAGCACCACGCCUGGGACGAGGAGCCCAAACCCCUGCUCUGCUCCCAGUACGAAACCCUUUCGGACAGUGAAUGAAGCAAGCCAGGGGCAGGGAGACGGUGACCAAACCCAGGGCGCAGGGAGCGAGCGGGAUGCCCGGGGCGAGCGCCCACCACCCCGGCCCUGCCGGCUCUCACGAGCGAAGACACAGGAGCAGACCUAUUUUAUUUUUUCCUUUUCCUUUUUUUUUUCCUUUCCCU